GAUUUUUAGAUGUACGUUUAAGUUGAGACUUAACACUUAACACGAUCAGACUUCAGUGGCUUUCACACGAUUCCUAUCCACAGCCCUACAAUGUGAAAAAGAGAUAGUGGAAAAAAUCUGCACAAUGCUGGUUUCAUGACUACACAGUGUUAAGAGACUCUUCCCUUUAUAAGGACAUUUGUAGCUGUGGACUCUCUUUAGAUGACUUGUAUCGUAAAUAUUUUCCUGCUUCUUGGAACAUGCAACAUAGGAUGUCUUGAUGCCAACCAAGUGUCUUGGGAAAGAUAUGUUCAAGAUGACCUAUUGCCUUAGAUCAAUUGUUUUCACAAAUGAAGAUUUAUUCCACAAUCUUCAGCUUCCCAGGCAGAACUCCACCUACAAAACCAGUCAGAGAACAAUGUGUGGAAUCUUGGAUAUUAUAGCCCUGGAAACCCCAGGUGCCUUUCUGCUUCAACAAGGCUAUAAAGCAAUUAUAAUUUCAGGAGGUCUUAACUCAGUGUACGCGGUUGAUGCCCUACUAUACGACCCAGCAAUCUUUAUGCUGCGAUCUUUCAGUGCUGGGAAUUUUUAUGGCAAGCAAAUACCCAACAAGGAGUUAGGUGGAACGGUGGAGAGAAAAGAUGUUCGCGAUGGACAAUUCGAGAUCCAAGUAGAAAUGGAGUGCCUAUUGUUUAAAGGCUUAGAGACUCGGCAUAUGGUAUUACUGACCCAUGGUGACAGCGUAGACAGGGUUGCAGAAGGGUUGCGUUGCGUCGUAAAAUCUUUGCGUCAUAUUAUUUCCGCUAUUGCUGAAAUUACUGAGUCCAGUUCCAUGAUUUGACUAAAAACGCAGAUUCUACCAAUUAGCGUUCGGAAUCUGUUUGGGUAUAGCUUCUUGGGUUUGGAUCCUUACAGAAUUGAAUGGCUAUCUUUGUCGAAUGCUUUAUUUCGUUUACAUCGACUAUACUUCAAUAAUUUACAAGUGGGAAAAGGUUGCCUUUUAGGAACAAGAAGGUAUCGUGGGUGUCUAUGUAUGAAUCAUGGCUUAAUGAUUGAGCAUCGGAUUGGGGUGCUGGAUGUGUGUGGAUAAAAUCGCAUCAUAGGUAAAAAGUACCCAAUAUGUUUGCUGAUUCACUUUAUAGACGUUAUCUCUGACAGUUUACAAGCGUUUUAGUAAUUUACCUUGGGCUACUUAAAUUUAUUAUUACAAGUGUGAACAAGUGUUACCUUUAAACUCAUGGUAAAAGUCGAAAUUAAAAUGUAUGACUCAUGGCUCAACGGUAGAGCAUUGGAGCGGUACGCUCAAGGUUUAGGGUUCGAUUCCCGAAAGAGUCAAGUUACCUUUCAAUAUAAAAUAAAUUCCAUUGGGAAAAUAGCACGACAGCAGAACAUCAAUGUAUUCUGAUAACCAAAGAUCUGUCAAGUCCUAUUCAACAAUGGUGCUAUUGGUCGCAUAUACUGGAUCGUUACAAUGCAGACAAAGAAUGUAUAGUUGAACACAAACUAUGAUUAUUUAUAUUAAUCAAUUUAUUAUUUAUAAAAAACAAAUGAACUAAUUUACAUUACAUUACAGUUUUCUUCACCUUCAAUUGCAUACUGAGGAGUUAUAUACCAUCACAUGCCACCCAUCAUGAACAGUGAAUUCCUGUACACAUGAAUGGGAUUCGAACCCAAUGUAUAGAGCAUUCCAAUCUAGCUCUCUACCACUGAGCUAUGAGGGAUACUAUAUUGAAAUCUAAGUCUUCAACACAUUAAGGUAACGGUGCAAAGUUGUACAUAGGGGAUCAAAUAUCAAUGGGGGGGGAUAUAGGGGGGGUUGCCAGGAAGGUAUCGCAUCCGCCUAGCAACUCCAAGGUCCGUGGUUCUAUCCCCAGUUCGGUUCCGAUUCCACGGAGGUUCCCGAUGUCCUGGGCUUCCAACCUUCCCAGGUGUCUACCCUUCACGUCUGCCAGUCGGGUCGAGAAACUUCCCCAUUACGAAGUAAUGGGACGGAUAUUUUGGCAAUAUUUAAUAUAAUAUCCAAUAACAAUUUUUAAUAAAUUGUUCAUUUUGA